UCUGCCCUGCCCGGAUCCGCAGCUUUCCCCAGAGUCACAACUGCAGGCUCCCCCUCCUUUCCCCUCCCAACAGGAUUUCUGCUCCAAACGCCCCGGGUUUCCUGUUGCAGCUGGGGAAGGGGAGGGACUCCUAGGAGGAGGACAUGUCCUGCUCAGGACAGGCACCAUCCUCCUCAUCGGGUGGGAAUGAAGGAGCAGAUUCUGGGGUGCCAGGUGAGGCAGGGGGGAUUUAAUCUCUGGAGCAAAUGAAGAGACUCUGAAGAGAUUCCUCUUUGCUGUCGGCUGUUCCGGGGAGGAUUUUCCAGCAUGCAGCAGCAAGGAGGGCAGAGGAAGGAGGAUGCAGAGCUGGAGGCUCCCGAGGCUCCGCGGGCCGGGAAGAGCCGCGGCGCGGCCGCAGCAGGCGGAGGGUGGGCGUGGGGAGUCGUGUUCCACUUCUUCCUGGUCAAUGUGCUCGUGAUGGGGAUGCUCAAGACCUUUGGGAUUUUCUUCGUGGCUUUCCGAGAGGAGCUGGGGGGAUCCUCGGAGCAGGUCAGCUGGAUCGGCUCCAUCAUGUCCUCCCUGCGCUUCCUGGGAGUGUCCCUGUCCCUCGCAGCCCCGCUGGUGGCCGCGGUGUGCCGGCGCCUGGGAGAACGUCCCACCUCCCUGCUGGGGGCCGGGCUGGUGGCCGGGGGCUGCCUGCUCAGCACUCGGGCCACCAGCGUCCCCUUCCUCUGCUUCUCCAUGGGAGUCCUGCCGGGGCUGGGCUCUGCCUGCCUGUACCAGGCGGCCGCGGUGGUGACGGCCAAGCGCUGCCGGGCGCGCCUGGCGCUCUGCACCGCGCUGGCGCGCUCGGGCAUGGGGCUCACCUUCCUGCUGGCCCCCUUCUGCCAGCUCCUCAUCGAGGCCUACAGCUGGCAAGGUACUCUCCUGAUUUUUGGAGGCAUCAUGUUGAACCUGGUGCCUUCCAGCAUGUUGCUGUGGCCUGUGAGAACCCGAGUGCCUCGGGAAUCUGCUGAAAAUCAACAGCUGGGAUCUUCAGAAGCUGCUGGUGGAUGUUCAGAUGGAAGCACUGCCAGGGAAUUCCAGCUCCUCCAUGCACAGGAGGCUCCCAGCACGGAGAUGCCCCAGGGCAGAGACACCUCUGAGCCAGCAAAUCCAUCCUGGGGAAGGCUCCAGAAUCCCAGCCCAGAGAACUCCUCCCUAGAAACACCCACCGAGGCCAGGAGGAGCCACAAACCCCUUGCAGCCCCCAAAAAGGAACCUCCUCAGCCUCUCCUGGACUUCUCCCCACUGAAGGAUCCUGUUUUCUUCAUUUUCACCUGGUCUUUCCUCUUCAGCCACCUGGCUUAUUUUGUGCCUUUCUUCCACCUGGUGGCCAGAGCCAGGACACUGGGCAUGAGCAGCAGGGAUGGCUCCUACCUCAUUGCUGUGGCUGGUAGGCACAGGCACCUCAAAGCCCCUGCUCACAGAGAAACACCUCCAGCUCUGCCAAAAAAUGUUCCCAAUUCUGCCAAAAAAUGUUCCAAAUUCUGCCAAAAAAUGCCCCCAAUUCUGCCAAAAAAUGCCCCCAAUUCUGCCAAAAAACGUCCCCAAUUCUGCCAAAAAACGUCCCCAAUUCUGACAAAAAAUGUCCCCAACUCUGCCAAAAAAUGCCCCCAAUUCUGCCAAAAAAUAUCCCCAACUCUGCCAAAAAAUGCCCCCGACUCUGCUAAAAAAUGCCCCCAAUUCUGCCAAAAAAUGCACCCAUCUCUGCCAAAAAAUGCCGCCAACUCUGCCAAAAAAUGUGUCCAAUUCUGCCAAAAAAUAUCCCCAAUUCUGGCAAAAAAUGUUCCCAACUCUGCCAAAAAAUGCCACCAACUCUGCCAAAAAAUGUUCCAAACUCUGCCAAAAAAUGUCCCCAAUUCUGCCAAAAAAUGUUCCAAACUCUGCCAAAAAAUGUCCCCAACUCUGCCAAAAAAUGCCCCCAGGUUUGUCCUGGGAUGGAUCCUCUGGCAGAGGUUCAGCCUCAGCCUUUCUGCAGCUCAGGCACCUCCUGUGCCCCCACCAUGGUGUGGGUGAUCCCACUAAAAUCAAAGCAGGAAUCAAAACCAGGAAUCCCAACUUUUCCUGGAGGGUUUCAAGACCAUCUUGAAGGUCCAUCAUGAUUUUAAAUGAGGAAAAGCAAAAUAAGGUCCCAGCAAAAUGAACUCCCAGCUAGAAAAGAGGAAUAAAAAUCCCUCUCUGUCAAAUCCUGCACAAAGAAAGGGAAAUUCCCUUCUCAUGGCAGUGAAACCACACCCUGCUCCCAAGAACCCAAAUUUCCACUCACUAAAUUCUCUCUGGAGCCUUCCCAUCACAAUCCCUGCUGUGCUUAAACCCCCAAACCAGAAUCCAGAUGUGCAUCCAAACCCUCCAGUCUGACCCAGGAGGGAAAAUUCAAUUAAUGUGGAAUUUGGAUGUGGCACAUCCAUCUCCAAGUGGGGAAAAAAUAACCAAAAAAACAAGGCACAGUCCCCUAAAACCUGGUUAUUGGGGGAAGCCCCAAAUUAAUGUGGAAUUUGGAUGUGGCACAUCCAUCUCCAAGUGGGGAAAAAAAACCAAAAAAAACAAGGCAUAGUUCCCAAAAACCUGGUUAUUAACACUAAAGCCAUGCUGGGAUAAGAAAGGGGCUCCAGCCUCAAUUAGCAGCAAAUAUUUUAUUGUAUAAAAAUAGAUUUUAUUUCUGCAGUGCUGGGGAAUAUUCAGCAGGGAGGGGGGGGGUUGAGGAGAGGCCAGGAAUUGAGGGGAUAUUUGGAAUUAGGAGUGGGGUCAGUGGGACAUCAGCUCAUCUUUGCUUCAUAAAAAUGUACCAAAAAUGUAAAAAACAACUCUCAAAAACCCAAUAAAUAAAAGGCUCCUGAGCCCCUCCAAAAUUAGUAAUAAAUAUUAAAUAAUUUAAACUAUAUAAAUAAACAUAUAUAAAAAUAAUUAUGUAUAUAAGAACAUAAAACUAUACAAAGAAUUAACAGAAUGAAUAGAUAUAAGAAUAAUAAAAUAUAAUAUAAAAUAAUAAAAAUAAAAAAUAAUACUAAAAUAUAGUAAUG